AUGAAGGUUGAAAUUGAUUCCUUUUCCGGUUCUAAGAUCUACCCAGGUAGAGGUACUCUAUUCGUUAGAGGAGACUCCAAGAUCUUCAGAUUCCAAAACUCCAAGUCUGCUUCUUUGUUCCACCAAAGAAAGAACCCAAGAAAGAUUGCUUGGACUGUUUUGUACAGAAGACACCACAAGAAAGGUAUUACUGAAGAAGUCUCUAAGAAGAGAACCAGAAAGACUGUCAAGGCUCAAAGAGCUAUUGUUGGUGCUUCUUUGGAAUUGAUCAAAGAAAGAAGAGCUUUGAAGCCAGAAGUUAGAAAGGCUCAAAGAGAAUCCAAGGCCAAGGCUGACAAGGAAAAGAAGAAGGCUGCCAAGGCUGCCAGAAAGACUGAAAAGGCCAAGUUGGGCGGUUCUACUCAAUCCAAGGUUUCCAAGCAACAAGCCAAGGGUGCUUUCCAAAAGGUUGCUGCUACCUCCCGUUAA